CAUUGUUUUUUUUUUUCCGGGUUCGCUCUUUCGUCUCGAUUUUGGUGCCACAAAUUAGAAAAAAAAAAACCCUAAUUUCACAAAAAAUUUCAGUUCCCUCUUUUCUCAAUAAGUUUUUCGAUUUUUCCUUAGGCGGAAAGGUUCGUUGAAACCCUAGAUUCGUUUCUCAGUUUUCGUUGGUGGCUAAUGGCGAGCGCGGCACGCGGUGAAAGCAGCAAUCCGUACGGCGGCGGAUUGGGAACCGGCGGAAAGUUCCGCAAGCAGACGGCUCGAAAGUCUCAGAAAACUCCGUAUGAUCGACCACCGACUUCUGUGAGGAACACUGGACUUGGGGGCGGAGAUGACAGAGGUGGCGGCUGGUUGUCGAAAUUGGUGGAUCCGGCCCAGAGGCUUAUUACUUAUAGUGCUCAUAGGCUCUUCGCUUCGGUUUUCCGGAAACGCCUUGGCUCAGGUGAGACUCCUUUACAGUCUCCGGAGCAGCAGAAGCAAUUUCCAGAAAGAGAUGUGGAUGAGGAGACGAAGGUAGGACACAAGCAGGACAACGUCUCCAAUCCUUCCAUGAAGAAUGAUUUGAUUCAGAUGGAAGAUACCAAUGAAUCUGUUGAUCCAACCAAGGGUGGAUAUACAGAUCUUGAGAAAAUUUUACAGGGGAAAACUUUUACAAGGUCUGAAGUUGAUCGAUUAACUACCUUGCUGCGUUCAAAAGCUUCUGAUUCGUCCACUGUGAAUGAGGAGCAGAGAAAUGAAGUGAGUAUUGUUGUGAGACAUCCGCCAUCACAUGAGAGGGAUAGGACGCAUCCAAAUAAUGGAAGUAUGAACGCCAUUGUUUCAACACCUCCCGGAAGUUCGAGAGCUCUCGUUGAGUGUGGUGCUUCGCCAGCACAGCUUGCAAAGGCCUACAUGGGUAGCAGACCUUCAGAAGUUACUCCUUCUAUGUUGGGUUUGCGUGGUCAAGCGGGCAGAGAAGAUUCUGUUUUCCUGAACAGAACCCCGUUUCCGCAAAAGUCACCUACAAUGUCACUGGUACCAAAGCCUUCUGGACAAAGAGUUUUGGAAAAUGGUUAUGUCACCCCUAGAUCUCGGGGAAGAUCUGCUGUUUAUAGCAUGGCCAGAACACCAUACUCUAGGCCUCAGUCCACUGUGAAGCAGAUUGGGUCUCUUUUUCAAGCAUCUCCAGGUACAUGGGAAGAAAGCUUGCCUUCUGGUUCUAGGCAAGGAUUUCAAUCGGGACUUAAGCGGAGGAGCUCAGUCUUAGAUAAUGACAUAGGAUCUGUGGGCCCUGUAAGGAGGAUUCGUCAAAAAUCUAACCUUUCGUCCCGAAGCCUGGCUCUCCCAGCUUCCGAGAGCCCACUCUCUGUCCGCGCCAAUGGUGGACAAAAAACUACACAUACAUCUAGAGACAGUGCAAAGGAUAUUCCUGGUUCAAGUUUUAAACUUGUUCCUACCCAGUCCAGUGAUAUGGCUUCAAAAAUAUUUCAACAUCUUGAUAAUCUGGUUUCAACAAGGGAGAAAUCGCCUAGUAAGUUAUCACCAUCAAUGCUACGUGGUCCUGCACUCAAAAGCCUAGAGAAUGUGGAGGCACCAAAGUUCUUGGAUAAUCUUCCUAAGAAGAAGGGAAAAUUGCCAGAUUCUGGCUGUCAAAAGCAGGAAAAAUCUAGAGAGAGUGGGUCCAGAGAGGUGUUGGCUCCAAGUGAGAAGGUUGGUGGUACUGUUGAUGGCACAAGCAAAACAGGUUCCAGUCAAGAUCAGAAGGCUCUUGGUAAAGGUGCUUAUUUGCCUCUCACAAGUUCGUUGGAAGAGCAUCCUCCAAAAAAGAGAGCAUUUCGGAUGAGUGCGCAUGAGGAUUUCUUGGAUUUGGAUGAUGAUCAUGGUGCGGCAUCUACUCCCUUUGAAGUGGCAGAAAAACAGAAUGUCUUCAAAGUAGAGAAAAGUCGUAUCAACAUGCCUAAUGGGGAGAAACUACUUACUCCGUCUGAAGCCAUGCCCUCUACAUCAUAUAUAUCUAAUGGUGACGCAUCUCAGAGUACUUCUAAUGGAUCUCUGGAAACUGGAACGAUCAAGUUCUCUGCUUUUCCCACUGAAGCUGUUCAGCUAAGUAAUAUGGCCUCUGAGCCAACUUCAAAGUUCACACAAGGGACUGAGAAAUCGAGUAUUUCUCCUGGCCAGCUAACCUCAAAAGAGAAAGUUAUCCCUCUCGAAGAGCCUAAAAAAACUGAUGCUGUAUUUCCCAGCAUCUUCUCAUCACCGGCUGCCACUGACUUAUUAAAUCAAAACACUGGUGCAUCUGCAGACAUCAAGUUAGAAAAGACGAGCAGCUCUGGUUUUGGAUUAUCAGGGGCUUGGGCAAAACCAUCUGAAUCAAAGAAAACUUUCAGCUACAGUGCUUCUGGAGUUGAGUCAACUACCUCAGCUGCAUCAACCCUCAAUGGUAGUAUAUUCUCAGCUGGAGCAAACACUGUCAGUUUACCUCCAAAUAAUGGUUCUUUUAAUUCAAGCCCUUCUUUCCCAUCUAGUAUCUCAAGUAAACCUUCCGAUAAUUCUUCGGGUGAGGUACCGUCCACUGUGCAAUCUCUUGCUGCUACUCCCAAUUCCUCUAGUAUAUUUGGAAAGUUGCCUGCUAAUACUAGUAACGACAGCAACUCACAAUCAACUGCAGCACCUCCCGCCUCUUCUUCAUCACCUUUCAAAUUUGGGGAACCUGCAGCUCCAUUUUCUGCAUCAGCUGUAACUCAAUCUAGCGGUCAGAUCUCAAAGGAGUCUGAAGUAAAAAAGUCAACAUUUGAAAAUACAAACACUUUCAAGUUUGGUGGAAUGGCUUCAGCACAGCCGAGCACGGGCAGCGAUUUUGGUGCUAAGUCCUCAGAAAAUAAAAGCACGCCAGGUUUUGUGUUUGGAAGCCCAUCUACUGCUUUGGCAGAUGCAGGUAAGAAUAUCUUUGGUGGGACAUCCUCUGUGGUUGGUGGCAGCACAUUAAACCCUUCUACUGCUGCAUCUUCUGCAACUGCGAGCUCUGGAAGUUUAAUAUUUGGUGUGACAUCUUCCUCAACCCCUGCGACUGAGGCCAGCAAACUUUCUGUGAGUUCGGCAGCUACUAACGCUGGAAGUAAUAUUUUUGGUACUUCCUCUCCUGCAUUUACAAGCUCUGGCAGUAGCAUGUUUGGAAGUGUAGCUGCAAGUACAGGAAGCAGUGUUUUUGGAUUCAAUGCUGCUUCAUCAGCUUCUGCUGCUAGCUCUCAAUCUCAGGCCUCAAAUCUUUUUGGUGCUGCAAAUGCUCAGACGGGUAAUACUGGGAGCGGAACCGCAACAGCAACCCAAAGCAUCCCCUUUCAGUUUGGUUCAUCUGAAUCAGCUCCUUCAUUCGGUUUGUCUGGGAGCUCUUCUCUUGCAUCAAACAGUUCUCCGUUUGGAUAUUCAAAGCCGGAACCUACGGUAUUUGCUUCUGGCUCAACUCCCCAACUGAGUUCGAUUAACUCCUCUGCAAGCUCUAGUGGUACAACGAGCUCUCCCCUAUUUGGGUCUAGCUGGCCAGCUCCCAACUCUGCUCCAGUCUUCAGUUCCUCAUUUACCACUGCUUCAUCUCCCACAUUUACCUUUGGAGGAUCUUCUGCUGCUACUGGUUCAAGCACUCCUGCUCCCAUUUUUGGUGCAUCUACCAACACCCCAUCAUCUUCACCUAUCUUUGGUUUCAGCUCAACAGGUCCUGCCACUCAGCAGCCGAUAUUUGGUAACACAGCCCCCUCAGCAAAUCCAUCACAGUCUCCGUUUGGUAACUCAACUCCCGGGUUUGCAUUUGGUGCGCCUAAUAACACAAAUGGUAUCAGCAAUAACCAACAAGUAAGCAUGGAAGACAGUAUGGCAGAAGACACAGACCAAGCUAAUAAAGCAUCCAUGGUAGCGCCAAUGUUUGGACAACCAGCUGUCUCGAUGCCUCAGCCAAACUUUAGCUUUGGCGGGGGAGCAGCAGCGCAGCCUCCAUCAAUGGCUAACCCAUUCCAGUUUGGAGGGCAGCCGAUGGCAAGCACACCACAGAACGCAUCACCUUUCCAGGCAUCACAGAGUCUAGAGUUUCAAGGAGGUGGGAGCUUUUCACUAGGCAGCACUGGAGGCGGCGAUAAGUCAGGCCGCAGAAUCUUUAAAGCGAAGAAAACCAACAGGAAGAAAUAAGCAGCACAGAAAAAAAUACAUUGCUCAUGAAGAGAGUAAUUUCUGUUGGCUAUAUAUGUACUCGGGUAGAUUGGGAUUCAGAGCAUAUCGUGGUAUGAUGAAAGAGGUAAAAAUUAUUAGAGUAUGGGGUUCCCUUUUUGCGUCUAUGCUUCUUCAUCAUCUCUUUUGUGAUCGUGUCAACAACAAUAGCAAAGAUUUGGGAGUUGAAUUGUUCAGCGUUAUAAAAAGUUGUAGGAAAGUUUUGUAAUUCUCAGAAAAAAUUACUAGAGUCUGUAAGAGUAGUAUAAGAGCUCUGUCUCUCUCUGUUUUCCUUCAAAGAAAAACUCUCUCUAUUGAGUGAGUAGUGUUUGUAAACACUUUGGUCAAUUCUUCUUCAGUUUUGGUUUA